AUGCACAAGACUCCGUCAGUUUUGGUGCUUCUCCACCCGACGGUGGUCACAGACGAAGCCCUUGUGGAACUGACAAAGUCCAACGUUGCUUCCAAGUUCCCCUCAGCGUCGGUAACCCAACACAUCAUUGAUCGUUUUGCCUCUGGCGCCGUUGAUACCGGAGACGCUGCAUUUGAUCACAUUGUCUACGUGAACCCCAAUGAAAACCAUUUGGCUAUCGCCCCUGUGCUCAUAAGCAAGCUUUUUGACACCUUGGUGCAAGGAGGCCAGCUUCUGGGUGAUUUGCCCACGGACCAGGACCUUGAUGUUCUCAUGGCCGGCUUCAUUGUCCAGGAGCCCGGCUUGUGGGUCAAACCAGCUCCGGCUGCUGAAACUGUACUUCUCAAGAAGAAGACCUCAAACAACACGGGCAAAGCUUUGCCAACAUUCAAGAAAACCGCAUUCAAAAAGGCCGUCACGUCGCCAUCUGCCAUGACGGAUACGCUGGACAACACGGACGACGAGGAUCUGGCCAUGAAGAGAAAGCUAGAGAGCACCAAGUUGGCCUACUUUAGCGAGGAGUCCGAGGACGAAGGCGACGACUUGAUCAACGAGAAUGAGCUCUUGGGCCAGGAGCUGCUGUACCUAGAUCGCGUGAAUGUGAUUGUGCCCAAGAAGUGUGAGUUGCCAAGCGGGAAAAAGAGACGGAAGGCCUGUAAGGAUUGUACUUGUGGACUCAAGGAGCUUGAGGAAACAGAGACAGACGAUAGCAGGAAACUUCAGGAUUCAAUCUUGGGUAAGAUGGCGCAGCUGGCGACUGUGGAGGCCAUGAAGAUCGAGGAACGUCUCAAGAAUAACAAGGUUAAGUUCACCGAGGAGGAGUUGACGGAGAUUGACUUCACUGUCGAGGGCAAGACGGGCGGUUGCGGCUCGUGUGCCCUUGGUGAUGCCUUCCGUUGUGACGGCUGCCCAUACCUUGGGCUUCCGCCAUUCAAGCCGGGAGAGGCCAUCACCAUCGACAGCUUCGGCGAGGAUAUUUAG